AUGGACGAACAGGAUAUUUUCUUCGCAAGUUUCGGUUUGGUGGUUCUCGACGAGAUCCGGUUUCCAGGCCGAGCACCAUUGACCAAUAUUCUGGGUGGCUCAGGAGCUUACGCAACACUGGGCGCAUUACUGUUCCUACCAUCGCCAAAAAGCCGUCGCGUAGCCUGGCGUAUUCACACGGGAAAUGACUUUCCAGAAUCCAUAGAAGAGCUUCUACAAAGUUGGGAUAUCACCUUGCAUAUCGACGAGAAAUUAGAGAGAUUAUCGGCACGAGGUUUACUCGAAUAUAAAGAUACGACUUUUGGACGUAAGGACUCGUUGCUAGAACCUUGGAAUACUACAUUUGCAACAUUGAAUGAGCGAAGAUCUUUACUAAAGCAUUCUACAGCGAAGACUUUUCAAUAUACCACGCCCAUUCUAGUCGUUGACGAGUUAAGCAUAGGCGAAACUGCUUUGCUAAAGUCAAAUGUAUACCAUUAUCUUGCAAGUCCCCAAGAUAUCAAGAUACGCGUUACAAAUCUGCUUGCCCUUCGACAUAAAGCAGGUAUCUUGGAUCGACCCCUGAUCAUCUGGGAACCGGCUCCUCUAUCAUGCAGCCCAGAUAAUCUUCAAGCGUGCUUCGAUGCAGCACGAUACGUUGAUGUGCUCAGUCCAAAUCACCUAGAAUUAUUGAGGUUGUUUUCCCGGGCGGAACAAACUGAUCUUACCAUUACAAAGAUUGAGGAAUUAGCAACGAAGCUAGUAGAUAAUGGUGUUGGGCCGGAUAACCGAGGCAUAGUACUCAUUAGGGCUGGAGAGAAAGGGUGUCUUGUGCAAGCUCGAUAUCUUCCUGCGACAUGGCUACCCCCGUUCUAUAGAGAUGAACUUGAAGCUGGCUCUAAGGAGCUAUCAGUGUCUAAGGUUGUUGAUCCGACUGGAGCUGGGAAUGCGUUUCUGGGUGGGUAUGCUGUUGGGUAUCUUCGGACAAAUGAUGCUUUGAGGGCAGCUUGUUAUGGCGCCGUCGCAGCAUCAAUUGCAUUGGAGCAAAUAGGUAUGCCGGAGAGGGUCGAGAAAGGAGAUACUGAGUUGUGGAAUGGGGUGAGUGUUGAAGCUAGACUACAGGAGUAUAUGUCUAGGAAGGAUGUUGAAAGAUCUACAAGGUAA